AUGAAUAACUCGGAAAAGCUUGAAAGCUACGCCAAAGAUCUGGCCAGCGCAGUCAAGAACUUUAGUGACUACUGUCGGACUACCGAGAUCGAUUCAAUUACAGCAGCUCUUCCAAUUAUCCCAGCGGAGACUGACGAUCAAGUGCAGCAAGCGAGACGAAAUAUACUGACCACCGUGGCUAAGAUCCAGGCGUUAAUUAGCAAACCUGAGGACUUUCUUCAGAAUCUUGCUAGUAAGGUUAGGCUGCCUCCCCGCGAGCCGUUGAGGAUCAUGAGAUUGACUCCCUACUCAUCUUCACCCGCUCGAACUGCAGAUCCAGCUGCUCGGAAUGGCAGUGUACCUAUGAAAGAUGUUGCUGAGCUUGUGGGAGUUCCAGUAUCCGUGCUCACGCGUGUCGUUCGCGUGACAGCGACAGUGAGAUUCCUCUGCGAGCCACAGCCGAAUCACAUUGCACACACGACUCUAUCGGCGCCAUUCGUGACGAAACCCGAUUUCUUAGAUGCUACAAAGUUCAUCGCAGGAACGGCUGCACCAGCAGCCUUACGGAUGGCUUCAGCUACUCAGGAAAUUAGGUUCCGAGAAUUGACUCGAGGAAUUUCACUGCCGCUCAAUACAGCGCAGUCGUUUCAAUCUUUGUUUGAGCAGGCGCCAAAGCUUCAACGCCAAUGGAUUACCUAUCUUGGGUCUUUAGCUGAGCCCGAGAUCGACGAAGGUGCCACGGAUGUUUUUCGUCAGCUGGACUGGCCACGGCUUGGUGCUGCCUGUAUUAUUGAAGUUGAUUCAUCGCCAUCAAUCAUGGCAGCUAUCAUGGCGGAACGUCAUCCUAGCCUCCGUAUUACUCUUCAGAUAUGCGAAAACGGGAAUAAACUAAAACAUGGCGCUGACAGCAGCAAAAACAAUUAUAGCAACAUCCACCAGAAUUCGAUAACUCAGUCUAAUUCGCCAUUUGUCCCUAUGGUGACGGGACGGAGACAACAAGGGCCGCCUGCUGCAGAGGCUAAUAGUAAUAUAUUUCUGCACAGACGGGCCCCUGGCCAGCCGCAGACAAUAAAGAAUGUCGGCGUUUAUAUCCUCUGUCUCCCAUCACCCUCUCCCCGAAAUGGCUUAUCAUUUCAUGCAAUCCAGUCGAGGCUUAUCGCGGAAUUACGAGCCCACUUAGGAGUUCUCCGCGAGAAUAGCUCCACUAUGCUCAUCCUUCGUAUGCGAUUCUUACCCGAACACGGGGCAGUUGACCCCGAAAUAGAAUGUGUCGCUCGCACACGCGAUAUGACGCUACUUCAGCUGGCCAACGAGCGCGAAUUCGAGGUCUCUGAAGCGAUAGAUCUCAUUCAAGACAUUAAUGACGGCAUGGGAAAACUGAUGGUGGUCAGCAAGAUCCGUUCGAAGAAUAAUGCGGUUGUGGCGUUGGGUGUCAAGUUCCAACUUAGUGCGAGUCAUUAG